CUUUUGAAAUGUUUUCAAAUUACGAAGUGUUAGAGAUUAAUGCGCGGGUGACUCCGCCACAGGAUAAAGUAUCGUUUCCCACGGUUAAAGUUCCAUCGCAUGUGGGUGAAUACAGUUUGUCACCCGAGGGACAUUUUGAGAAUUCGUCUGCGCGAAUUUGUUUUUUAAGUCAGCCAGCGCUCAUUCAACUUCCAAUUGCACUAGCCCUAUGUAACGAAGACGCGGGAGGACUUUCCAUACCCAAGCCACGGUAUUUGGACAAUUUCUUCUACUUUUUGCGGUGCUCGUUUAAAAACUUUAUAAAACGCAAUGAUGAGGGAGUUUUGCACUUAGAUGCGGAUAUUGUUUGCAGCCUUGAGGCUUUACAGUUAAUCAUGUGCGCACCGUAUGAGUACAAAAAAAACUGGACUCUAGCCAUUAGCAAAUAUCGGAAUACGAUAUACAUGUGUCCGGUGCAAAAUACUCAACAAGCUUUAUCACAGCCAAUAGAUUUAUUGAAGGCAAAAUGGAUGAGAGCAUUGAGAAAACGCUGCCUGAUCGCCGGAGUUCACCCCACUGGAAUUUCGAAUGGAUCUCAAGACCGGAACUUAGAAGGCCAAUAUUAUUGUAUCUUCAGAACUGAAAUUUCUGGCAUACAUGUGCUCUUUGAUGCGCCCAUUCUAGCGGAGCACUCGAUCAAUACUAGUUUCGGUUUGCCAAAAACCUUUGUGGAUCUAAAAUUACGUACGAUUAAAAUGAAACCCUCGGAAUGGGCUAACCAUAAUCGCAGUGAUGUGCUCAAAUGGUGGGUCGAAUCUUUUCUAACUGGCAUUGAGAAGAUUUAUAUAGCUUAUCAUGAUAGACAGGGAAACGUACACAAGAUUAUAAACAGGAAGCUGCGUGAGCUGUGGCGGGACUGUGAGCACGACUGGUCACCUAAUAUCUGUGGGCAUUUUCUGAGUCGUUGUUUGGGCAACAUUAAAACGCUGUUGGCUAAUGUGGACAGCGCCAGCACAGUAUAUCUCUUAGAAUACGAUGCGGAGAAUGGAAAUCUUAGAUAUAAAUAUGCAACGGAGCGAAGCGAAUAUACGUUCAUACCCGAUUGGUUUCGCUUGAUGAUGGAGGAGAGCUUAGAGCAUCUAAAUGCGGCGACUCAAUUCCAAAUAUGA